AUGAUCCUAUUGGCUUUUAUAGCGGUGACGAUCAUCUUCAAUGUUGCUUUAUACCGAGCUAAUAACGAAUCGGUACCAAAUAAAGUAUCAUCUCAUUUGGAAAGUUAUACAGUUGGCAAUAAGGCCAUACAAAAUAACAUUGAUCAAGUUGACUCUCAGGACUAUAUUGAUUCCUUGACCAAGGAGAUUACGGAAACUCACCAGCAGGAUAUAUUGGAAAAGUUGAAGCAGGAGCUCAAGACCAAGUAUGAAAAAAAGUAUACCAGUGAAUUGAAGGCUUCUAUUGAGAAGGAGUACGAACCAAAAUUUAAAAACGAAUUACGUAACUCUAUUAAUGAACUUUAUUCCAAAAAAUAUUUUGAUGAACAAGUUCGUUCGUAUCAAUUAAUCGAAAAUUUGAAAACUGAUUAUAUCGAACAACAUAAAGACGUUUUGAAAGAUUUUUCGAUUAUCUCAAGUUUUAAAGAAGUGAUUAAUGAAAUCCCAGCGUUAGAUUCGAAUUUUGAUUUACAAUCAAAAAUUGAUACCAAAUUAGACGAAUUUGUUAAUAAGAAAAAAUAUUUCAGUUAUAUUAUAGAAGAUUUGUUAUUAGCAAAUGGUCCAAAAUCAGAUAAGUUAUCAGAUGAGGAAAGAGGAGAAGAUUUAAUUGGUAGAUUUUACCGUGAUGUUGUUCCUCCAUAUUCUGAAGAAAAAUUACGUUCUCAUAUUCAUUUAAAAGAAGAUAAAUUUAACGAUUUGAAAUCUAAACACGAAAAUUUGUUAAGAUUAUUAAAAGAAUUACCUCCUCCUCCAAGCCAUGUUGCUCAUGGUAAUGGUAUCAUGAUCAGUGGUGGUGGAAUUUACUUCCCCGGUGCUCUUGUCACAAUUGGCCAAAUUAGAGAAAUGGGUUCAAAAUUACCAAUUGAAGUCAUUAUAAAUACUCAAGAGGAAUACGAUAAAGACAUUUGUGAAAAUUUAUUACCAAAUCAAUUCAAUGCCCACUGUAUUAUUAUCGAAAAUGAAAUUGGUAGUGAUUUAUUGAAAAAAUUAAAUUUGAAAAAAUUUCAAAUGAAAGUUUUGGGUUUCUUGGUUUCAAGAUUUGAUAACGUUAUUGCUUUAGAUGCUGAUAGUUUACCCCUUAAAAACGUAGACACUUUAUUUGAACUGGAUCCUUUCUUAAAUACUAAAUUCGUCUUAUGGCCAGAUAUUUGGCAUAAACAAGUGGCUCCUCAAUAUUAUGAAAUUGCAAAUAUAAAAUUAGGUCAUCCAAUUCAUCGUGAUGGUAUUGCAAAUGAUGCCUCCUAUAUAGAUUACUUGAAACAAGAUCAUUAUAAAAAAGUUAGCUUACAUGAUUUAGAAGGAGCUCCUCCAUCAAUGUCCGUGGAAUCUGGUCAAUUGGUCUUUUCUCGUCAUUUCCAUUGGAGAAGUUUAAUUCUUACGUUAUAUUAUAAUAUUUAUGGUCCUUCUCAUUAUUAUAGAUUAUUACAUCUUGGUGUCCCCGGUGAAGGUGAUCGUGAAACUUUUGUUCCUGCCUUACACGCUUUAAAUGAACCUUAUCAUGUUGUUAAUCAUGACUCUUGGUUAGCCGGUUAUAGAAGAGAUGAUGGAUUUUUUAAAGAAACAACAAUUGUCCAAGCCGAUCCUCAACAAAAUCUUAAAUUCUUUAAUGAUUGGAAAGAUUGGUUAAAAUCAAAAAAAUUAGAUACUAGAUUAUGGCCUUUCCAGGCAAAUGCAUACACUCAAAAAUUAUUAGAUGAUUUCAAAAAGGAAAAACAAAUAAUAAAAUCCGAUGGUAAAGAUAGCGCAGGAUUAAUUACUUAUCAAAUGCCAGAUGUCUUCUUCUUACACGUCCAUGGUGCUAAAGUCAACCCCGUAUUAGACUCCGCUCAAGAUGGAUAUGAAGGUGUUUUCAAACACAGAUCCUUAGGAUUACCUGAUGCAUAUAAAGACUCAUUCAGUAAAACAGAUUGGGAAUUGAAAUUUCAUACCAUUUCAAAAUGGAUCGCCUGUCAUGGUAUCAGAUCGCAAAGCUUCUGGGAUAACGUUGCUAAAAUGCCUCAACUGCAAGUUUGUGAUAAAGUAUCGAAAUUUGUUGAUUUCUUGAAAAAGGAUUCAAAAGAUUUGAAAGCCGGAAACUUAAAGUAUUUGGUUUUCCCAGAUACCAAAAAAUAA